AUGUAUGGUGUAAUUUUAACCAAGAAUCCGGGGUACGGUUCUACCAAGAAUCCGGGGUACGGUACAACCAAGAAUCCGGGGUAUGGUGCAACUGAGAAUCCGGGGUACUGUGUAACCGAGAAUCCGGGGUACGGUGCAACUAGGAAUCCGGGGUACGGUGCAACCGAGAAUCCGGGGUAUGGUGCAACCGAGAAUCCGGGGUAUGGUGCAACUGAGAAUCCGGGGUACGGUACAACCAAGAAUCCGGGGUAUGGUGCAACUGAGAAUCCAGGGUAUGGUGCAACCAAGAAUCCGGGGUAUGGUGCAACUGAGAAUCCGGGGUAUGGUGCAACUGAGAAUCCGGGGUAUGGUGCAACUGAGAAUCCGGGGUAUGGUGCAACUGAGAAUCCGGGGUACGGUGCAACUGAGAAUCCCGGGUAUGGUGCGACUGAGAAUCCGGCGUAUGGUGCAACUGAGUAUCCGGGGUAUGGUGCAACUGAGAAUCCGGGGUAUGGUGCAACUGAGAAUCCGGGGUACGGUGCAACCAAGAAUCCGGGGUACGGUGCAACUGAGAAUCCGGGGUAUGGUGCAGCCAAGAAUCCGGGGUACGGUACAACCAAGAAUGCGGGGUACGGUGCAACUGAGAAUCCGGGGUAUGGUGCAACCGAGAAUCCGGGGUAUGGUAAUCCGGGGUAUGGUACCACCAAGAAUCCGGGGUAUGGUGCAACCAAGAAUCCGGGGUAUGGUACAACCAAGAAUCCGGGGUACGGUGCAACUGAGAAUCCGGGGUACGGUACAACCAAGAAUCCGGGGUAUGGUGCAACUGAGAAUCCGGGGUAUGGUGCAACCGAGAAUCUGGGGUAUGGUGCAACUGAGAAUCCGGGGUAUGGUGCAACUGAGAAUCCGGGGUACGGUGCAACCAAGAAUCCAGGGUAUGGUGCAACUGAGAAUCCGGGGUACGGUGCAACCAAGAAUCCGGGAUAUGGUGCAGCUGAGAAUCCGGGGUAUGGUGCAACCGAGAAUCCGGGGUAUGGUGCAACCAAGAAUCCGGGGUAUGGUGCAAUCGAGAAUCUUGGGUACGGUACAGCCAAGAAUCCGGGGUAUGGUGCAACUGAGAAUCCGGGGUAUGGUGCAACUGAGAAUCCGGGGUACGGUGCAACUGAGAAUCCGGGGUACGGUACAACCAAGAAUCCGGGGUACGGUGCAACCGAGAAUCCGGGGUAUGGUGCAACUCAGAAUCCGGGGUAUGGUGCAACUGAGAAUCCGGGGUAUGGUGCAACUCAGAAUCCGGGGUAUGGUGCAACUGAGAAUCCGGGGUAUGGUGCAACUGAGAAUUCGGGGUGUGGUACAACCAAGAAUCCGGGGUAUGGUGCAACUGAGAAUCCGGGGUAUGGUGCAACUGAGAAUCCGGGGUACGGUACAACCAAGAAUCCGGGGUAUGGUGCAAUCGAGAAUCUUGGGUACGGUACAGCCAAGAAUCCGGGGUAUGAUGCGACCGAGAAUCCGGGGUACGGUGCAACCGAGAAUCCGGGGUACUGUGCAACCACCGAGAAUCCGCUUUUCUCAGAGUUCACUAUUAUAAGCAAAAGAAUGUGCUAG